UUUUAAAAAUGUUCUAUAUCCUGAUUAUGAUGGUGGUGACAAGGAUUUAAACAUUUGUUGAAACUUAUCAAACGUUUCACUUAAAAUGAGGGCAUUUUAUUGUAUCUAAAUUAUGCUUCAGUAAAGUUGAUUUUUAAAAGACAUGCACACAAAUAUAAUUUACAAAUCAUAUCAUUAGCUCGUUUAUGGUGUACCAUUCAGUCAUUCUUAGAGUAUUGAGUUGUGCAAACAUCAUUAUCUAAUUCAAGAAGCUUUGCAUUACCCCAAAAAGGAACCCUUUAGCUAUUACCACUCACAGUUCCCCUAAUCCUGCUAGUCCUAAAAAACUCUUACUCCUUUUCCGUAGAUUUGCCUAUUUUAAAUAUUUCAUAUAAAUGCAAUCAUACAGUAUGUGGCUCAUCCACGGACGAAGGCAAAAAUGACGAUUUAAACAGUCUAGCAUUCUCAGUGAGGGUUAUAACGCCUAGUAGAGUGGAUCCUGGGUGCGCUCUGCAUUGUGGGUCGGCUUGGGGCAGAAAGUCAUUUAAGGGACCUCCUUCCACUUGCCGCAGCGCCUCACCCCUUCCGGCUCUAGACUACAGUUCCCAGAAAUCCUUGCGGCUCUAACCAACUUCUGGCCCGAAGCUGGCAACCUUUUUCUGUUUCUCAAGGAACUCUCUGGGGUUGGCCGGUACCAUGGAGGAAGAUUGUCUUCAGGGUGCAGGGCCAGCGUCCUAUGGCAGUUUCACUCUGAGCCUGUGUCUGGAUCACGGAGACGCAGAGUAGCCGUUCGGAGUGGGGAGCAGGGAUGUCCCGGAACUGUGCAGCAGUAGGAACCCGAAGGACCGGGCGCCAUCUUCUCUGCGCGGUCCUACUCCGGACUGUAUUUCCCAGAGGUCCCCGCGAGUCCAAGGCAGCCGUUUCAUUUGCCUGCUGGACCCUCGGCCUCAAGGGUAGGGGAAGUGCGCGUUGAGCGGCCUGGGUCUUGCGGGCUCGGCUGGGGCCCGCAGAUAGUAGCUGUAGAUCCAGAAUGACCUCUGAUCUGCUCAGUCUGAGCCACAAGAAAGGCCUGGCAUCUCAUGAUUCCUUUCUUCUUCAGCUCUGCUGUUCUCAGAGAGUUACCCAGAGGAAGAAUGACUGUUGACCAAACCAAAUACAAGGAGAACAGCCUCAAGGAAGACUAACCGUCUGCAGUACUGGAAGCCAUGGCUGAGGGAUCAGUGAUGUUCAGUGAUGUGUCCAUAGACUUCUCUCAGGAGGAGUGGGACUGCCUGGACCCUGUUCAGAGGGACUUAUACAGAGAUGUGAUGUUGGAGAACUACAGCAAUCUGGUUUCAAUGGGACUUUACACUCCUAAGCCUCAAGUGAUCUCCUUAUUGGAACAAGGGAAAGAGCCCUGGAUGGUUGGCAGAGAGCUUACAAGAGGCCUGUGUUCAGAUCUGGAAUCGAUGUGUGAAACCAAGUUAUUAUCUCUAAAGAAGGAAGUUUAUGAAAUAGAAUUAUGCCAGAGGGAGAUAAUGGGACUUACAAAGCAUGGCCUUGAGUACUCCAGUUUUGGAGAUGUUUUGGAAUAUAGAAGCCGCCUUGCAAAACAACUGGGAUAUCCAAAUGGGCAUUUCAGUCAAGAAAUAUUCACUCCUGAAUACAUGCCCACAUUUAUUCAACAGACAUUCCUUACUCUCCAGCAAAUAAUGAAUAAUGAAGACAGACCCUUUGAAUGUAAGAAAUGUGGAAAGGCCUUUAGUCAGAACUCACAAUUUAUUCAACAUCAGAGAAUUCAUAUUGGUGAAAAAUCUUAUGAAUGCAAAGAGUGUGGGAAAUUCUUUAGUUGUGGUUCACAUGUUACUCGGCAUCUGAAAAUUCAUACUGGCGAAAAACCCUUUGAAUGUAAGGAGUGUGGAAAGGCCUUCAGUUGUAGCUCAUACCUUUCUCAACAUCAGAGAAUCCAUACCGGUAAGAAACCCUAUGAAUGUAAGGAAUGUGGAAAGGCCUUUAGUUAUUGCUCAAAUCUUAUUGACCAUCAGCGAAUUCACACUGGUGAAAAGCCUUAUGCAUGUAAGGUAUGUGGGAAAGCCUUUACUAAAAGCUCACAACUUUUUCAGCAUGUGCGAAUUCAUACAGGUGAGAAACCCUAUGAAUGUAAGGAAUGUGGCAAAGCCUUUACCCAGAGCUCAAAGCUUGUUCAACAUCAGAGAAUUCAUACUGGUGAGAAACCCUAUGAGUGCAAGGAAUGUGGCAAAGCCUUUAGUAGUGGCUCAGCACUUACUAAUCAUCAGAGAAUUCACACUGGUGAGAAACCCUAUGAUUGUAAGGAAUGCGGAAAGGCUUUUACUCAGAGCUCACAGCUUCGUCAACAUCAGAGAAUUCACGCUGGUGAGAAACCCUUUGAAUGUCUUGAAUGUGGGAAGGCCUUUACUCAGAACUCACAACUUUUCCAGCAUCAGAGAAUUCAUACAGAUGAAAAACCAUAUGAAUGUAAUGAAUGCGGAAAGGCCUUUAAUAAAUGCUCAAACCUUACUCGACAUCUGAGAAUUCACACUGGUGAAAAGCCCUAUAACUGUAAGGAAUGUGGGAAGGCAUUUAGUAGUGGCUCGGAUCUCAUUCGUCAUCAGGGAAUUCAUACUAAUGAAUAAUAAAAAUUAAAGCCCCUGUCACCUUCCUCAUUUUUUAAACCAAAAAUCAUGUCUGAUAGUUACCCUCUUCCACAGUUUUUUUAAAACUUUGUAUUUAAAUUUUGUAUCCAAUGUAUUCACUCCAGGUUAUAAAUUCGGAGUCUAAAUUGACAUUCCCUCUCUCCUCCAGUCACAUACCAAUGCCAGCUGUUCUGUAAUUCUUUGGUUCAUUGUUUUGUUCUACUUUCUUGAUGACACAUUAUACUCUUGUUUAUAUUUGCUUGUGUUUUUAGGGCAAUCUUUUCUGAUCCGUGUAUUUGUGUUUGCACCAGUAUCACACCAUUUGAAUUGUGUGACCUUUAAUAUUUUUAAAUUCCUUGUGGAGGUUUAACUUUUUGAAGUCGGUGUUAAUCAUUUUGUUUUAUUUUAUUAUUAUUAUGUAUAUUUUUUGAGACGGAGUUUCACUCUGUUGCCCAGGCUGGAGUACAGUGGCGCAAUCUUGGCUCACUACAACCUCCGCCUCCCGGCUUCAAGGAAUUCUCCUGCCUCAGCCUCCUGAGUAGCCAGGAUCACACACAGGCGUGUGCCACCACGUCCUGCUAAUUUUGUAUUUUUAGUAGGGAUGGGGUUUCUCCAUGUUGGUCAGGAUAGUCUCGAACUCCUGACCUCAGGUGAUCCACCUGCCUUGGCCUCCCAAAGUGCCGGGAUUACAGGCGUGUGCAAUUGCACCCGGCUUUAUUCCUUUUUUAUUGAGACGGAGUUUCGCUCUUGUUGCCUAGGCUGGAGUGCAAUGGUGCAAUCUCGGCUCAUCACAACCUUCGCCUCCCAGGUUCAAGUGAUUCUUCUGCCUCAGCCUUUCAAGUAGUUGGAAUUACAGGCAUGUGUCACAACACCCAGCUAAUUUUUUGUAUUUUUAGUAGAGACGGGGUUUCAUCAUGUUAGCCGGGAUGGUCUCCAUCUCUCGACCUCAGGUGAUCCACCCGCCUCGGCCUCCGAAAGUGCUGGGAUUACAGGCGUGAGCCACUGCGGCUGGCCUUUUUAUUUUACAAAUUUACAUUUUUAAUUGUCAAACCAAAAUCACAAAACAAAAACUUGCUAAAAAGCCAAACUUAAUUGUAAUCAUACUUAUAGAUGGCUACUUUCAGUUUGGUAGAGAAAAUCAUGCUAUACUCUGCUUUUUUAAGGAAGUGUAAUUAUGAUAUGCAUGCCGUACCUUUCACUGCUUUUAUCAUGCCAAAGAUUUCAUGAGUGCCAUUUCAGUAAAUAUGGAUUUUUAUUAUUUUCAUGACAUAUUUAAUGACUUUAAAAUGACUAUUCCCGUUAUGGUUGCCUCUGAAUUUUUGCAGCUAUAAAAGCUGACCUCGGCUGGGUGCAGUGGCUCAUGCCUGUAAUCCCAGCACUUUGGAAGGCCGAGGUGGGCAGAUCACAAGGUCUGAAGAUUGACGCCAUCCUGGCUAACACAGUGAAACCCCGUCUCUACUAAAAAUACAAAAAAUUAGCUGGGCAUGGUGGCAUGCGCCUGUAAUCCCAGCUACUUGGGAGGCUGAGACAGGAGAAUCGCUUGAACCUGGGAGGCGGAGGUUGCAGUGAGCUGAGAUGGUGCCUCUGCAGUCCAGCCUGGAGGACAGAGUGAGAUUCUGUCUCAAAAAAAAAAAAAAGAGGUGACCUCAUUGGAUACUCAUUUUUACUUUUAAAACAUUUAUUUUAAUUGCUAAAAUUAUCCACAUUUUCUCCUUGUGAGCUUGUUUUGUUCCUUUACAUCAAUCCUAAUCCCAAUGCCAUACUAGAAAGCAACACUUAUGAAAGUGUUGUUUAUCAAUCCAGGUAUUAAUUUUUUUGUUGUUUUUUUUUCUUCUCUUUUUUUUUUUUUUUUUUUUUUUUUUUGAGACAGUGUCUCACUCUGUUGCCCAGGCUGGAGUGCAGUGGCAUGAUCUCGGCUCACCACAACUGCUGCCUCCCGGGUUCAAGUGAUUCUCCUGCCUCAGCCUCCCUAGUAGCUGAGACUACAGGCACAUACAACCAUGCCUGGCUAAUUUUUGUAAUUUUAGUAGAGACAGGGUUUCACUAUGUUGGCCAGGUUGGUCUCAAACUCCUGACCUUGUGAUACACCCGCCUCGGCCUCCCAAAGUUCUGGGAUUAUAGGCAUGAGCCACCAUGCCCGGACAAUUAUGUUUUCUUAAAGAUAUUAGUGGUGUUUUGUUUUUUGAGACGGAGUCUCACUCUGUUGCCCAGGCUGGAGGGCGGUGGCGCAAUCUCAGCUCACUGCAACCUCCGCCUCCCAAGUUCAAGUGAGUCUUCUGCCUCAGCCUCCUGAGUAGCUGGGAUUACAGGCGUGUGCCACCAUGCGCAGCUAAUUUUUGUAUUAUUAGUAGAGACAGGGUUUCACCAUAUUGACCAGGCUGCUCUCGAACUCCUGACCUCAUGAUCCUCCCGCCUUGGCUUCCCAAAGUGCUGGGAUUACAGGCGUGAGCCACUGCGCCUGGCCAUUAGUGGUGUUUUAAAAAAUUAUGUCUGGGUAUAUAUAAUCAGGCUGUAUGUAUUGGAUUGCUGUGAAGAGUCAUUGAAUUAAUAAAUGUAAAGUGCCUCAAACUGUUAUCACAUAAUAUAGGUUUAGUAAAAGUUUUCCACUAUUAUCAGUGAUAUAUUCAUUAUUGUAAGUAUCUUCAUUAGGAUUUAUGGAAAGGAUUUUAACCAUGUUGUUUACCUUUGGGAAAUUUAUAAUUCAUGGUGGAAAAAGACAAACACUUGUAAUGAGUAUAACGAAGACUUUCCCCAUCAUUAUUAUUUAGCAUGGAAUUUUAAAAGGAAGAGAAAAAGUAUGUGUGCAUAGUCUUUGCUCAGACUUCAUCUUUUAUGCUACAUAAAGAAUACCAGUCUGAGGCCGGGCACGGUGGCUCACACCUGUAAUCCUAGCACUUUGGGAGGCCAAGGUGGGUGGAUCACUUGAGGUCAGGAGUUUGAGACCAGCCUGGCCAACAUGGUGAAACCCCGUCUCUACUAGAAAUACAAAAAAAAAUUAGCCAGGCAUGGUGUUGCACACCUGUAAUCCUAGCUACUCAGCAGGCUGAGGUGGGAGGAUUGCUCGAACCUGGUAGUUAGAGGUUACAGUGAGCUGAGAUUGCGCCACUGCACACUCCAGACUGGGUGACCGAGCGAGACUGUGUCUCAAAAUACAUAAAUAAAAGCAUACCAAUCUGAAACCCUGUAAAUAUGAUGAGUAGUAGAAAGCACAGCUGUCAAUAAAGCAGGAAGAGAUUAUAACAUUUUUUCUAAUAUUUCCCCCCAAAACGCAGAAAACAUACUGGCCACAUUAUUUGACCAGAAGAAGCAGUACAAUAGGAUAGCCAUCAAAUAUCUGAUUAUUAAUUCAAUAUUCCCUCUUAAUUAACAUGGACUAAGGAAUAAAUCCCUAAAAUAUACAUUAUUUAAAUGUACACGAAAAUGAAAACAAUUGAAAAACCUGCGAGUGGCAGUAAAAGUUGUAUUUGAAGUUUUAUAACCUAAUGUUCAUGCAUAUAUUGUAUUCUAGGAAGAAUAAAUAAAAUAUAGAACCCAAGAAACUAAAACAAGCUGAAAUGAAUUGUGGGAGGAAGGAGGUAGUAUUAUUUUAAAAGGCAGAAAUAAUUGAAAGAAAAAAACUGGAUCUAAAUCCAAAAUUUGAUAUUUGAUGGAAGAGAAAAAAAAGGAGACAAACUUUAGUGAUUCCAGAGGUGAAAGAAGGAUGACAAACAAUAUUGUAUAUGAGAAAUUGAAAUGACUAUAUAUUUAAACUUAAAAGAGCUGUAUCAUUUGGGGUAAUGAAAAUGUGGAAUGGGUAAAGAUUGUACAAUUUUGUUUACUACAGGUCACUCAACUAUACACUUUAAAAGGGUGAAUAUUAUGCUGUGUGAAUUUGAUAUCAAUUUAAAAACUUAAGGCUGGGUGCAGUGGCUCAUGCCUGUAAUUCCACCACUUUGGGAGACUGAGGUAGGAGAAUGACUUGAGGCCAGGAGUUCAAGACCAGUCUAGGUAACAUAGUGAGACCCCCCCUCCCCUCAUCUCUAC